UUGCUCUUGCUUACUUGCAUCUGAUUUGCUCUUGCUCUAAAAAUGGCAGACGUAUGAGUGUUGUGUAGCUACCAGCUUGAGGUUACACCCCCUGGCUUUAGAUAUAACCUCUCAUAUUACAUUUACUACUAUACGUUUUAUAAAGCCAAUCGAAAUGGCUGUAAAAAAAUAGAUUACUUUGUAUUGAUCAUUCUGGAUCUAUUGUUUGUGGACAGUUACUACUGCUGGACUCGCUGGACUGUGGGACUACAGUAUCAUCAACAUAUUGGAGUUUCAUUUUAGGGGAAACUAGUGCAUUUUCCGCCAAGUCCUCUCUGCCAGUGGUGCGGGACCUGAUCUAUCAACUUGACACUUUUAUUACCAUCUAUCACUUUUACCUCUGCCUCAAGUUGUUAUUCAUUUAGAGGAGUCGCUGUCACACCAUGCCAGCGAAUCAGGCCUUUGUCACCCUGGCUACCACAGACAGCUACUGCAUUGGGGCUCUGGUGGUAGGACAGUGUUUACGACGACACAAGACCACACGCCAGACUGUUGUGAUGGUCUCCACUAAUGUCUCUAACCAGGCGCGUGCUGACCUGGGCCAUGUGUUUGACCAGGUCCUGGUAGUGGACGUGCUGGACAGUGGAGACCAAGCACAUCUAUCCUGGCUGGGACGACCAGAACUGGGGGUCACUUUCACCAAGCUCCACUGUUGGACCCUCACCCAAUACAGCAAAUGUGUUUUCCUGGAUGCAGACACACUCGUGCUGUGUAAUGUGGAUGAGCUGUUUGAACGUGAGGAGCUGUCUGCGGCCCCUGACCCUGGCUGGCCGGACUGUUUUAACUCAGGGGUGUUUGUGUUCAGGCCCUCUCUGGACACCUACGGCAGGCUGUUGGAGCAUGCACGACAACACGGAAGCUUCGACGGUGGGGACCAGGGCCUCUUAAACACAUUUUUCAGUGACUGGGCUGUUAGAGAUAUCAGUAAACACCUUCCUUUUGUGUACAACCUCAGUGCCAUCGCAGUCUACACCUAUCUACCUGCUUAUCAAGAAUAUGGUCACAAUGCUAAGAUUGUCCACUUCCUGGGUUCAGUCAAGCCAUGGAAUCAACGUUCUAACUCACAGACCAAUCAGCACACCAACAGCCCCCUGGAAGAGUUUGUUUACCAGUGGUGGACGGAGUACUCCUACUUACUUCUCCUUACAAAGACAAUGUCCCAUCAAGAACCUGCUGUGCCAAUCCAACAUGCUGGGCCAAAGCAACAUAGCCAGGGGAGAGAAGAAGAGAAGCCAAAGGGGAGAGAAGAAGAGAAGCCAAAGGGGAGAGAAGCUACAGUGUCGUUGAUAGAGGACCUCACAGAAUCAUUACUCAGAGAAGUCACUCUGCUCACAGAGGAGAGGAAGAAGAGGCCCGAUUCACCCACACAGCCAGGAGAAAUGCGUACCCAACAUCAGGAUGUAUCUACGGGGGAGGAGGGAGGAGCUGGAGACAGAAAAGCCAAUCAGGACCCACCUGGACCCAGUGAGGAGGGGUCAGAGGUCACUGAAACAGCCUCCAACACCAUGGAGGAUCCUGCCACUGAACCUACUGCUGCAGAGACAGAGGAGGAUGAUCUGGAGCAGCGUAGGCUAUGGGAGGAUGGCCAGGCUGACUACCUGGGCAAAGACGCUUUCGACAACAUCCAGAAAAAACUGGACCGAUUUUUAGAUUAGUAGCUUGUUUUGUGUUUUGGCAAGAUACUGUAGCAAUAGUACUGUAUACUCAUGUUCAUGUUUAUGUGUGUUAUGUCUGUAGUGUAGGCCACCACUCUAAUAGGGUUUUCUGUGUCCUUUUGCUGUAAAACAAAAAUAAAUAUAUAAACUUGA